AUGCUUCGUAUUAUUACCAAGAGAUCGCCAAUCGUUGCCUCCAGAUGUGGUAGGUUGACUACAACACCUUUCCUACAACAGCUGAACUGUCGUUACCAAUCUACUGAAGCAAGCGAAUCGAAACCAUCAGAACCUGUAGAUCCAAAAAUCUCUAACAUCGUUAAUGAAAUCUCCAAAUUGACUCUACUAGAAACUUCUGUUUUGAUCAAUGAAUUAAAGACACAAUUAAAUAUUCCUGAUAUUGCAUUACCUGCUGCCGGUGCUGUGGCUGCACCAGCUGGUGGUGCUGCUAGUGGUGCUGCUGAAGAAGAAGCACAAGAGGAGAAACCAGAGGAGAAGACGAUCUUUGCCCUAAAAUUGGAAUCAUUCGACGCAAAGGCCAAACCAAAGAUCAUUAAAGAAAUCAAGACUAUGCUAGGUUUAUCAUUAGUGGAAGCCAAGAAAUUUGCUGAAGCCGCUCCAAAGGUUCUUAAAGAUAAUGUGGCAAAGGAUGAUGCUGAAAAGAUUAAGUCAUCUCUAGAAGCAUUAGGUGCUAAAGUUUCUCUUGAAUAA